CAAAAACCCUCCUCCGCUUACCCUGCUCCUCUCCUCUACCUCUUUCUGCAACAAACACCUCUCUUCUCCUUGCAGACGAAAUCAAAAGAGGGUGUUUGUAUCCGCCGCCGCAUUCAGAGGUUUCUCACAAACAUGGAAGGCGUCGAGAUGGAAUUUCAUCUACCGGAAAAUGCUGACGUGUCCUCAGAUGACUUCUGCAACACGGUACUAUCACAAUUUAGCUCACCCAACAACGAACACCACGUCCACAUCUGCACCGCCAUUGGUACAAUGUCACAGGAGCUCAAAGACCAGAACCUUCCUCUUACCCCAAUCACUUACUUCGGCGCCACGUGUUCCUCGCUCCAAUGCCUAUAUACCUCCUCCCCUGAAGGGCCUCCAUCACACCUAAUCGAUGCACUUUCCACGAUUUUAUCCCUCGUCCUUCCUAGAAUAAACAAAGCCAUUUUGAAGCAGAAAUACGAGUAUUUGUCUAACCUUAUGACUCAAUUGCUUGGAUUAAAGACCAUUGGUAUCGAAGGGAUCAUUGGGUGCUUAAAGUGUGUUAUGCACUUGCUAAUUGUGGGAUCCAAAGGGAACUGGUCGGAUGUUGCUCAACUCUAUGGUGUGUUUAUUUGUUAUUUAACGGAUGAUCGCCAAAAGGUGAGAAAGAUGUCGCAUAGUUGCAUUUGUGAUGUCUUGCAAAACUUUCAGGCAUCACCUAUGCUUGCUCCUCUAUUUGCACCUGCAAGUGAAGCCAUCACAAAUCUCUUCGAGAGGUCCCUUCUACUUGCAGGAGGAACAACUGGAAAUGCCUCUGAAAGACCCAAAGGAGCACAACAAGUCUUACACGUGCUGGAUGCUCUGAAACUUUGUCUUCCUUAUAUGUCUUCAAAGUAUUCGAAUAGUACUUUGAAGUACUUCAAGUCUCUACUGGAGUUGCAUCAGCCUCUUGUUAAUAGGCGCAUUACAGAUGGUUUGAGUGCUCUUUGUAUCCAUCCGACAGCAGAAGUAUCCGCAGAAGUGCUUCUGGACCUCUUGGGUUCAUUAGCUACUUCAGUUUCUGCGAAUGAGUCAUCUGCUGAUACUCUGACAUUCACAGCUCACUUGCUUGGCAUUGGGAUGAGAAGAGUAUAUUCGAUUAACAGGCAAUUAUGUGUGGUUAAGCUCCCUAUGGUGUUCAACUCUCUUAGUGAUGUUCUGGGUUCUGAGCACGAGGAAGCAAUAAGGGCUGCACUGGAGGCACUCAAGAGCUUAAUACAUGAAUGCAUUGAUGAAAACUUGAUCAAACAGGGUGUGGAUGACAUAAUUAGUUCUAAUACUGAUAUGAGGAAAUCUGGACCAACUAUCAUUGAAAAAAUCUGUGCCACAAUUGAGAGCUUAAUUACCUAUCACUAUGCAGCAGUCUGGGACAUGUCAUUUCAAGUAGUGGUUGCCAUGUUUGACAAGCUAGGUCACUAUUCUUCUCACCUUCUGAAGGGAACACUUCAGAGUUUGGCUGAUAUGCAAAAGUUGCCAGAUGAAGACUUCCCUUACCGUAGACAGCUGCACGAAUGUGUUGGAUCAGCUGUUGGUGCAAUGGGACCUGAAUCUUUUCUAACUCUUCUUCCUCUUAAAUUGGACGCGCAAGAUUUAUCGGAGUCCAACAUCUGGCUUUUCCCAAUUCUAAAGCAAAACAUCGUUGGUGUGCAUUUAAGUUUCUUUACCAACUCAAUUUUGUCGAUGGUUGGAGCUAUGAAGCAGAGGUCUGCAAUGCUCGAGAGCAAGGGAAAGAUUUAUACUGCGAGAACUGUUGAUGGAAUUGUGUAUUCAUUGUGGUCGUUGUUACCCUCAUUUUGCAAUUACCCUGUGGACACUGCUGAAAGCUUUAAGGAUUUGGAGAAGGUUUUGAGCAAAGCUUUACGGGAAGAGCCUGAUGUUUGUGGGAUAAUAUGCUCCAGUUUGCAAAUCCUCAUUCAGCAGAACGAUAGCAUUUCAAAAGGAAAAGUGGAUUUGUCUGAUACUGAAAUGAGCGUUCCCAAAAAACGAGCCAUUGCGCGUUAUAACCAGCAAGUUGCACGUGAUAACUUGAAUGCAUUGAGUCUUUCUGCUCCUAAACUGCUGUCUGUUCUCUCCGGAGUCUUCCGAAAAUCCUCUAAGGAUACUGGUGGAUCUUUGCAGAGCACAAUCCGUGAAUUGGCUCCUAUUGCUGACAAGGAGGAAGUAAGAAAGUUCUUUAUGAAGACCAUGCGUGAGCUUUUGAAGGUGACUCGAGAGUCUGGGAAGGCAGAGAAGGCCAAAAGUUCCAAUUCAAUGCAGAUUGAUGACUCAUCCAGUGAAAGUUCUUUGUCGCUAAAGAGGGCACAGUUAUUUGAUCUGGCGGUUUCUCUCUUGCCUGGUUUAGAUGCUGAACAUACUAAUGCACUGUUUGGUGCAAUAGAGCCUGCUUUAAUGGAUGAUGAAGGCUUGAUCCAGAAGAAGGCAUAUAAAGUUCUUUCCAUCAUCCUUCGGGAAUCAGAUGAAUUUAUUUCAAGAAGUACCGAAAAGUUGCUUAAUUUGAUGAUUGAAGCACUACCUGCAAAUCAUUUUUCAGCCAAACGUUACAGACUUGACUGUCUAUACUCUUUAAUUGUCCAUGUUACAAAGGAUGACCCAGAACAGAGGAGGCGUGACAGUAUUACUUCUUUUAUGACUGAAAUUUUGCUUGCACUCAAAGAGCCUAACAAGAAAACAAGGAACCGGGCGUACGAGCUUCUUGUCCAAAUUGGCCAUGCUUGUGGGGAUGAAGAGAGAGGUGGCAGAAAGGAGAACCUGCAUCAGUUUUUUACUAUGGUUGCUGGGGGUAUUGCUGGAGAUACACCUCAU